AUGGAGGAUUAUCAGACAACUGAAGAGUACAACAGAGUUUCUUCUCAAUAUCAUGAGACUGCACCGACUGAUAAAAAGUAUGGUGGACUUGUGCCCAAAAAAAAGCCACUCAUUUCAAAGGACCAUGAAAGAGCCUUCUUUGACUCAGCUGACUGGGCUCUGUGCAAGCAAGGUGCGGGGAUCGAUCAAAAGACAACAAAGGCGAUUGAGACACUACGGCCAAAAUUGCAGAAAACUCCUCGUCAGCAACUACCUCCAAGAAGGCCAGCUUGUACAUCUUAA